GUUGAUGAGAAGCAAUUUCCUUCCGCAGUACGAAUUAAAACGGUGCGCUUUUUUAUAGGUAAAAUGAGAAAAAACGGCUUGCGUAGAGGACUUUAUACUGGACCCUGGCGCACCCGAUAAAACGAGGGAGUGGUUAUACAGUAUAGUGUGCUGUCCUCAACCCCAUCCGGCUACCUCUUUCUACCAUGCUCCGGCUACCCUGCUGGCUUGGCCCCCUAACGCGUGGGACAGCCAUCUUUCGCUUCGCAGAGGGACUGCACAGUCAGCCAGGCAGCAGCACCAACACAUCACCUCUGGUUGUGACCACCGGCGUCCUCACCCAUCCCUCAAUGAUGUAUGCCACUCGCUUCUACAGCAGUGGUGGCGGUAAGCCAGGCAAGAGGGCUGGCGCUGGGGGAGGAGGGCUUCCAGUGCUAGACAACCACCACCUCCCUCAGUCUCACCCGCACCCACAAAACUACCAGCCCCAUGUCUACCAGGGGAGGCCUGAUGGGCACCGUAGCCACUACCACCACCACAGCAAGAAGAAGACCUGGAAUUUCAUCCACGAGAAGAUGAGCUAUGACACCUUCUUUACCAUGAAGCGCCUGAUAGACCGUUCACGCACUGUGGAUGAAGUGCUGCGCUGGGUCACCCAAAACCCAGGAAAGAUCUCCUACAACCACUACCCCAUCGCCCUGCAGAAGAUUGGGCAGCUCCUGCAGCAGCAGGGGGGAGGAGGUGGAGGGGUGAGUGGCCCAGCAAUGGGGGCUGCUGGGGGAGAGAGCCACUAUCGGCAGAUCUCAGAGCAGCAGGACUUCCAGACGCUAUGUGAUGCUAUUGUCAGUGACUGCGCCAAGUUCGACAACUUCAGCAUUGUCAAUUGCCUCUAUGCUGUAGCAGCUCUGGGUCUGCCCAGUGACUCCCAGAUCGUGCAGGUGCUGGAGGAGGAGUCUCGCAGUCGCCUCUCCCACUUCAACCAGAAGGACCUCUCCAUGGUGUUCAGCAGCAGCAUGAAGCUGCAUCCGUCCAGCCAGCACCCGCUGAUCGAGUCUUGCCUGUCAGGGCUGGAGAAGAACAUCGAGCGGGAGCGCCACCCUCAGACGCUCUUCCUGCUGCUCUCCUAUUACCGCCUCAAGUGGCGGGCCCUGCAGGCUGACGGAUACACUCCAGAGCAGCUCCUGGCCAACCGCAAGAUCCUGCGAUUGGUCAAGCACACGCUGGCCAGCGUCAGCAACGUGCGUGACCACGAGAUGGUGCUGCUCGACGAGAUGCUUUCUGCCUGUGCCCGCGAGGCCAGCAACAAGUCAUUGGAGAUCAUCUUCAGCUCGCAGCUCUUCUACGAGAACCGCCAAGAGAAGUUCAUCAGCAGCCUCGCUGAGGAGCUUCCUAAGAAAGUAGACAGCAUCACUCCCUAUACGAUGGCCCUCAUUGCAAAAUACAUUGCCAGACACCGACUGCGGGAAACCAAACUGCUGGACACCAUUGCAGAGUUUGUGGUCAAAAAGGGGGAAUAUCUCGACAGCAAGGUGAUCCAGAAGCUGGUGUUCCCGUUCAGCAGGAUGAGUUACCGGCCUUCCAAUGAGGCACAGUUCUUCGAGAAGCUGGAAUCAGUGCUGGAGCAGAAAGCCAUGAACUCCCCACUCGCCACUGUCAACAUCAUCAUGUCUUUGUUCCAGCUGGGGCACUUCCCCAGGCUCAUCCUGCACCGCGUCUUCUCCAGCACCUUCAUCAGCAACGUCACCAACAGCCCAUACGCUCUCAUUGUGCGCCGCUACCUGUCUCUGCUGGACGCCACAGUGGAGCUGGAGUACAGUGACUACACAGGGCCGAGGCUGGAGGAGGGGCACAAGGUGCUGAUGUUUGACCACGCAUUGACCGCUGACGAGGUCAACCGCAAGUACAGCUAUAAGGGUCUUGUUGCAGAGGCUUUGAGACAGCUGGUUGGGGAGCAGUCUUACAAGCAGGACGAGGUGCUGGCUCCUGGAUAUUACACAGAUUUUCUGCUGUGGAUAAACAGCUCUGGUAGGGUGCUGCAGAUCAAAGGGAACAGUGGAGCCGUAUCAGGAGCCACACCGACAGGCCUUUCACUGGGGUCAGGGACCCCCAAACCUCCGGAUCCUCAAUCUGCAGUGUCUGUUCUGACCUCGGACUUCCACAAAUUCUCCCCCUUUUCCUCCUCCCUGGAGGACGGGCAUGAGAAGUGCGGUGGGGAGGACCUGGUUCCUGAGGUAGCCUUCCUCUCACACCACAUGCGCCCCCCUCCUUCAGGGGGCACCUUGGGGCAGCGGGGAGGAGCAGAAUACAGCCCCUACUACCAACCGCCCUCCGAUUACUACAGCAGCCUAGCCAAGGAGCAGUCUCUGGAGAGCCAGGACAGCUCCACCCUCAGUAGCCCCUCGGACUGCCUGGCACAGGCUGGGGGAGGCGUUGGGGGGCCGGCAGAGUGCUCUCCGAGCCUCUCCUCCACAUCCCUCUUCCAGUUCCCUAUUGGGAAGAUCCUGGAAGAGGAGGUGGUAGCCGGGCAAGAGCGAGAGCUGCCCAACUUCUAUGAGAGCGUGCCGUACCCCAAUGGAGGCCAAGGGGCUGCAACAGAGAAGGGGACCAUAGAGAUACUGAGCCCUGCCUCCCCGCUGCAACUCCACAACCUGGGGGGUAGGCAAGCAGACAAGGAGCGUAGGGCAAUGGAGCACCGGGACGAGAUCAGGAGGGUGGUGAUGUCAGUGAAUGAUAAGUGGCACUACUGCCACAACUCUGAUGUGCUGGUGGGCUCUCGAGCCAUGCGGGAUAGACACCUUCAACUGCUGGGCUAUGUCCUUCUCCAGUUGCCAUACCACGAGCUGGAGAAGCUGAAUGGGAUCGAGGAGGUGAAGCAGUACUUGCACAAAAAACUCCUGGAGGUGCCCUUAUGACACACACAGGGCUGAGCGUAGCGAGAGAGUCCUGCUGCUCACCUCAGUACUACUGUUACUACUGCUAUAAUGGUCUGAGAGACUGCUGGCACAGGGAACCAAGGGGUGUCAGAUAUCUGAGCAUGGGGGAGGAGGAGAGCAAGAAUUUAUUUUCCUGAUGUGGUGCAGGGUCAGAGGGAUAUUGGGGUAUUUCACCAUGUGAAGGUUGCUACAACUGUUUUGGGGGGAGGGGGUGAGUGUCUUUUACAGCUGUCAUUGGUGGAGUGGUUUAGGUUGAUUUUAAAGGUAAUGACUGUUAAAUGAAUAUCUCAAUAAUCAAAAAUAACUAUGUGGGAGAGGGAUAGGGUGGAAUAAUGGUGGAUUUCUUAACAUAGCUUGGUGUGACUGCAUGGGAGGCCGUGCGGUCGUGAACAUGUAAGAUAAUUUCAUAUUCUAGUGAUAAUAAUAAUUCGUGGCUUCAGGAGAACCAGUGGUCAGUGACACACCCAGCUGUGGAUAAUAGGAUUGUAUAAAGCUUUAACAAAAAUGUUUCCUUUUUUUUUUCCGCAUCCUUUCAAGUUUAUUAUUGAAACCUUAUUUUUCUUACUACUCCCAUUUUUUUAUUACAUAAACUUCGUUCACAGUGAUAUUCGCUGCUUGCUGUGUGCGUUAGCUUUGCACUGCAGAUGGAGUUUCCUAUUUAGUUUGUAAACUUGUGGAGGAAGGAAUAAUUUAAUAAUUUAAUAUAACUAUAACCCACGUGUGGGGGGAGGUCAGCAAGGAGGUUGGGUGGGUGGAGGUGUUUGUUUAUGUAUAUAUAUAUAUAUAUAUAUAUAUAUAUAUAUAUAUAUAUAUAUAUAUAUAAUAUAUAAUAUUGUACGGCUUUUCUACUUGAUGGUUUGAAGGAGCAGGUAGAACCCCAGACCGAACUCGAGCCUUGUUGAACUGUGCAGUGUGUAUUGAAUUGCAUGGUGAAGUGCUAGUCCCAUUCAGGGUGUGGAGGUAUGCCUUUUAAAUAAACCCCAGUUUUACAUUUGCAA